GUGUUUUAAGGGGCUUAAUGCCUGUUGCACCUGAAUAAACCAGCUAACUACAGUUUAACUAAAGCUAGCCUAAGUCUCAGACUGCUCUGGAAUGAAGAAUCCUUGAAUGGUAACAGAGCUACACACUUAUUAAAUUCUUAUUUAGUGCUAAUCAUAAUUUUUGAAAGGAUCCUCUGAACAUAUUCUGAUUAGGCCUAUAUCUAUCUACUCCGUACUCGCAGCAACAAGAAGUUAAAAAGGAAACAGACGCAGAAAAAAAGUAACCCGUAUCUUCAACAUCUUCAUCAGCCUCCAACCGCCCAAAAAUCAGAAAUGUUGAUCGUCGUCUUUGAAGAAACACGAAGCGGCUCCUAGCAUCGCGAUGCGGCAAAGCCAAAAAAGGGAUAGGAGCUUUACAAGCCACCUCACCUCCUUGACUCUUUGAACUAACCAUUCAGGAGCCGGAGAACGGCUUUGGCAAACCAACGAAACACUACAAAGUCUUCGAACUCCAAAGCCUUGCUCGUGUUCUAUAAAUAUCGACUGCUAGCAGCUUCUUGCCUCUUCCGUCCGUCGGAGAACAGUCUAUGCGCAGAUUGCGAUCAUCUCCAAAAACUUUCACCGCAAAACAUGGGGAAGCAUUUCCUGCAGUUGCGGCUUAGCCAGGCUUGACACAUGGGAGUUUCCCCCACCCCUUCGGGCUUCUUAGUGCAAGGGGCCGGGGAAGGCUUUUUUUUCUCUUGCCGCUCUGCAUGAUUGGCUUGAGGGCCUCAAGAACGGAUGAAGAUCUCGAGUGUCUGUCCCGUUUCGUAGCGUGGUUCUGGUCUAUUUGGCCCAACAAUGCAACAAUGCCUCGUUUCCAACAAAAGAAAUACGGACGAUUUCAGCUGGCAAGAGUCGGUUUGGACGAGGGCUUCUUGAGACUUAGAGGUCGCUGAUUCGCGAACUUCUUUCAACAUCGUCCAUUGCCAAGGUAGUCUGUAUGAGGAAGAAGCGUAUACUCCAGCCUUGGAGAAAGCUUGGCAUCAAUGGUAGCAUCUCACUACUUCGUAUUUGGGGGAAGAUGGAUGAGCCUCAGGGGGCACAGAUAGCAUGGGGAUGAGGCUGAGAGGCGCUGUCCAUCUUGGGGCUCUAAAGCAUCUAUCACAGAUAUAAAAGAGCCAUCGAUGACCACAAUUCUUCUGCCCUCAUCACAUCCAAAGGAGCAGCCACCAACAACAAACCCCUUCAACAACGCGACAACGGCGGAGUACUCCGACCGCGAGUUAUCCUCCCUUAUUAUCUCUCUGGCCCCAGUUAAUUCUCCCGAUUACAUCAAAGAGUAGGAGUUUCGCGCCGAGAAUAAGGGAAGAUGAGAUACCUUAUCCCACUCCUCGCCCUGACGGCCUCCUGCACCGCCCUAUCCGCCAAAACAAGGCGAUGGGAACAGUGCAGCAUCGAAGGCAAAGAAGGACACUGUAUGCCACCAACCGAAUGUAAGGCAUUGAAUGGCGUCUCCGUCGCCGGCGACGGGUGCAAACACUCCCCAAAUGGCUGGCAAUUCUGCACAGCUGAACUCCCCCUUCUGAAGCCCAGCAUGGCCGACGACAACGACGCCGACAUCGACGCUGACGAUGACAACGACAACGGCAGCCUUGCCAAACGCGCACCCCGCUCCUGCAACGCCCGCGGCGUCCGCGGCAUCUGUAUCAAGAAGUCCGCCUGCAAAGGCGUCGCAACCCCCGGCGCAGGAACCCGAAACGACCCCUGGACCUGCCCGCGCGACCCCAACGACGUAUGGUGCUGCACCAAGAAACCGCCGCCGCCCCCAAGGGGCCGGCGCUGCAGCGCCCGCGGCGUCCCCGGCAUCUGCAUGAAGAAGUCCGCCUGCAAGGGCUACGCGACGCCCGGCGCGGGCACGUCGAAGGACCCCUGGACGUGUCCCAAUGAUCCGAACGACGUGAUGUGCUGCACGACCAAGAAGCCGCCGCCACCGCCGGCAGCGCCGCCCGUUAGGAUCCCCGAGAGCCGAUGCAAGCGCCAUGUGAUCGAUGCUGGGUAUAAGAUCCUGGGUGCGAAUCCGGGCAAGGUGCGGUCUGUGAUUUGCUACGGGAAGCGGUCGAAUAAGUCGGAGCAUCCGCUGGGGUUGGCGUUGGAUUUGAUGACAGGGGCAUACUCCCCCAACGGGCGCCCGCUCGCGGAAUGGAUCAUGCGCCACGCCGGCUCGCUCAAGGUCACCUAUGUCAUCUGGGGCCAGAAGAUCUGGGAGGCCGGCGAAAAGGUUCGAAGCUGGAACAGCUGGGAGCAGAUGGAGAAUAGAGGCGGGGUUACUGCUAAUCAUUGGGACCAUGUCCAUGUCAGUUUCCGCCGAUAAGGGAGGGUAGUCCGCGCCCCGUUUUCUUUUCCUCAGUUGAUUACUUCGUACCUUAUUUGUGUUGGCUAUCUAUACAACUUUUCCUUUUUUGUUUUUGGUGGUAGGGGGAAGAGGUUAAAUUAUCGCGCGCGCGUCUGUGUUUCUCUCUAUCUCCACAUCACUGCGUGUAUGGCUCUUCUUUUUCAAUGCGAAUUCUGAAACACCUUGCUUCUGGCUGAGUCUAUAUAUAUAUAUAUCCUAUUUACGGAGGGGUGAAAGGAAGGGAAGGGAAGGGAAUAACUUUGGAGCGAGUUUUUAUAUUGACGAGAGUCGCGGAAAUUGUUAAAUUGUUAAUUGUAAAGUUAACCCAUCACAUCGCAUUCAAGUCAACUAACUGCUCGAAAAAUAAAUUUAAAGGGCAGCGAGGGAGACCGAAAGAAAUGAAAAAAAAAAGAGGGGUGAAUAUAAAAGGACAAAAUGAAGAGUAAAAGAGACGACCAAACCGAGGAUAGCAAUCAUGGAAAAGGAAGACCAGACCAGACCAGACCACACCAGACCAGAACCCUAGAAAACAAAAGGCAGAAAAUCAGAUACAAGAUGAUGUUGAACCACAGACAUGCAAAGCUAGCUCUUCGGAAUGGAUAUAUAUAAUAAAAUAGAAAAUGAACGUUAACAACAACCUCUCAUG